GUAAGCUUUCCCGUUCUUUGUUUCUUUUCUUUUUAAUGGAAAAAAUGUUGUAAGUUUUUAUUUUUCAUUUCAUUUUCUUUUUCUCCUCUUCUGUUGCGUUGUCCCUUUUCAUCUUUGGAGCGUCCAGCCGUAAAUUACCUUUACCAUUAAAGUAACUAGACAUUAUGACCAACUUAUCAGUCACAUACAAAACGUAUUGUUAAUAACUACAUUGCAUUCUUACUUUGGAAUAUACUAUAAGGUAAGGCUGUUAUACAUAAAUGGUUUAAAGUUUGGAAUGCAUUGCCUGUUUUUAUCGAAAAUUCAAUCAUAAUAUAACACUCUUCAAUUGCAGUCUAGUACGUACAAUGCACAUAACUGAUGGUAAACAGCAGAGCCAUGGACGAACAAUCAACUGGUCUGGUGCAUAGCUCGGCAAUCCGCACCAGAAUGGCCAUUCCUAACAUCAAAAUGACUAAUCCAAUUAAGAAACUGGUCAGUAAACAAAGAAAACGUUAUACUGAAGACGGAUUCAACCUUGAUUUGACUUGUAUCCUUUUCAUCUUUAUUAAAUUAAUUAUUUUGCAAAUUUGAAACAUUUGCAUUUAUCUAGUAUAUUUUGAGGAUUAAGGAUUUAUGUAUUUAUGAAACUUAAUAAUUUAUUUUAAGAAGAUCUAUUUUUUUAAAAUAUUAAGUGAUUUUUCUAAUACUUUUAUCUAGGUACCUAUUUUUUUUUAAUUUACAUAUUUUUAAUGUAACAUUUAAAUAAUUAAGUAGUUACACAUAACAUAGUAUCUAUAAUAAAAGAAAAUAAUUAUUUUUAAACUAAAUUGAUAAAUAAGUUUUUUUUGAUUUAAUAUACAGUAGGUAAUAUAAUUAAAAUUGUAUGAUAAUUUUAAUUAUUUAGGUGAAAAAUAUUUGUGUCUAUAAAUGCUUUGAUAGCUUUCACUACCACUGCUGUAAAAACUAAUCAUCUAACCAUCAAUUAGUCCACAGUUCAGUCAAUAUAUAAUCAGGCAUUAUAUUCUUAUUGUAAAAUUAUAGUAACACAAUUUUUAGUAUUUGAAAGAUUAUAUUCAUUAGUGAAUAUUUCGUACACCGUGUACACAUAUUUUUUAAAUUCAGAAUUACUUUUUUAUUUUACAAUUUCUAAUUAUUUCAUUUUUCGCUGUGGUCUUUAAAUUUUUAGUUAGUCUUUCUUAUGUAAACGUUAAUUAUUUUUUGUUAUUGAGUUACUAUUUUUUUUAAGAAUAAUGUUAUAAUAUAUUUUAUAACAUUCGUUUUUAUUUGGCCCUUCUCUAGCUUUGUUACAUUGCAUACAAUUAUACUACUAGAAAAUAAAUAUUAUUGACAAUUUGUUUUUAUUUCAAUUAUUUAUCUAUUGAAUUUAUAAUAUAAAUAUUGUAUAUUUAAUAUAAUUUUUUUACCAUAUAUAUUUUUCCUUAAUUAGUAUUUUAAGACAUUGUUAACAAUGUGAUAGCAAUGGGAUUUCCAGCUGAAAAUUUAGAAGGUGUAGUGUAUCGAAAUCAUAUAGAUGAUGUGAGCAGGCUUCUUGAUAAGAAACAUCCUAAUCAUUAUAAAAUAUAUAAUCUGUAAGUAUUGUUAAAUACAAAUAUUGAUUUUGUAAUAAUUUUAUUUCAUUUUCAUGUUUUUAGUUGUUCAGAAAAGUCUUAUGAUGGUUCAAAAUUUCACCAACGUGUAGCAACCUAUCCAUUUCAAGAUCAUAACCCACCAAGUAUUGAGGUGAUACGACCUUUUUGUGAAGAUGUUGAAAAUUGGCUUAGUAGGGACGACAGAAAUGUAGCUGCUGUACAUUGCAAAGCUGGAAAGGUAAAAAAAGUUAUUUUGCAUAAUAGAAUAUGGCAUGUACAAGUUAUUAGCUAAUUGUUAUGUUUAUACAAUUUUUAUUUUUAUUAAAACAAAUUUAUCAAUAUAUUUAUUUGUAUGUACAUUUUAUUAAGGGCCGAACUGGUGUAAUGAUUUCUUGUUAUUUAAUACAUACUAAACAGUAUUCAUCAGCAGAAGAAGCUCUCAAUUAUUAUGGUCAACAGAGAACAUUAGAUGAAAAGGUAUUUAGAUUUAAAUAAAUACCUAUAUGUAUUUUUCAAACUUAAAUAAAUAAUAAUUUUAAAUAUAACAUAAAUACAACAUUACUAAUUCAGUUUACUAACUUUUUCAGGGUGUUACUAUUCCCAGUCAACGCCGAUAUGUUGACUAUUAUGCAUUGUUAGUGAAAUACAAUUUAAAUUACAAACCAGUUGUAUUGACUAUAAAGGAAAUAAAAUUAGAUCCUGUCCCUAACAUUUUUAACUCUGGGCAAACAUGUAAGUAAUUUAUAGUUAACAUUUUGUUUUUUAAACAAAUAAUAAAUUGUUUUUUUAACAAAAAAAAAAAAAAAAAGGUAUCCGUGUAGUAAUAUCAGAAUGGAUAGAUGGUAAUAGUUCAAAACUGAGAAAAGUUUACUCAUCCGAUGUUCAGGAUUUUCGGCGUAAUGCUUCUGAUGUGACUAUUCGUUUAACACAGAUUACUCAAGUCCUUGGUGAUGUGAAAGUAGAAUGUUAUAAUAAACAUAAAAUGAAGAAAAAGGUUUAAAAUUAAAAUUAACUAAUGAUAUUUAAUUCUCAUUUAUUAAAAAUUAAAAAUUAGAUAUUAAUUAGUUUUUUUUUUUUUUUUUUUCAGGAAAAAUUAUUUCAUUUUUGGUUUAAUACCUAUUUUGUUAGUGAAGCAGCUGGAAUAGAAAAUGGUAAUAGAAAUAAGUAUAAUGGCCAGCAUGAAAAAACAGUUCGUACAAAUAGUAUGGAUGAUUCAACUAACCUUCGAUUUCCAAAUAACAAAAUCCGGUAUGUUUAUUCAUUUUUAUUUAACUACGUGUUUUACAUAAAAUAAUUAUUGAUUAGACAUUAAUUCUUUAAAGUAGGAUACUUUUUAGUAACAUUGAUUGUUAAGUACUUAAAAGUAUUUUGAAAAUCAUAAAUUUAAUUAUAAAUACUUAGUUAUUAAGUUGUUAUUAUUUAUUUUAAUUGUUAACUAACUAUUAAUAUUUAAUUUAAUAAAAUUUGGUGUUUGAUAUAACUAUAAAUUAACCUUACAUUUUUGCUUUAAGUUUGAAUUAACAUAGGUUUAGUAGUACUGUUAUGUAUGUGAGAUGCAGAUUAUUUAUAUUUCUGAUCAUUAUUUAGAACGAAAUAAGUUUUUUAUUUUUUAAAUUACUAAAGCCAUAACUAUAAGUAUUAUGAUUUUUACAUUUCUUAUUUGAUUCUGAGCGUACUAGUAUAGCAAGGGAUCUAUUUUACUAUGAUGUAUGAUUUUUUUUUUCUUAACAUCUUAAAAAUUUCUCCUAUUAAAAAAUAGCAAGCCACCUUGCUUUUGCAUAUUGAAUUUAGAUGGUUUAUAGGAGGAUAAAACUUAUGGGAAAAACAAACUUGUUAAUGUUUAUUUACUUCAAGCCAUUAGGAUACUGCAAUUAUUUUAAAUUUGUACGUAUUGUUUAUCUUUUCAACCAGAAAUCUUGCUUUAGUCAAAAAAUGACAAGUUACCCCUUUUAUUGUGUUUGAUAUCUUGUUGGUGAGUACAUAAGUCAUUUUUUGGUUUUUCAACUAAUUUUCAUAAUAAUAAAAAACCAUGAAAAAGAUGAAAACUGACAGAUUUAUGGCGACAAUUUCAUUGGUUUAAAUGUUUACAAAUUAUGUUUUUAACUAGAAAUCUUGUGUUAUUUUAAUUUUAAAAAGAUCUUUUUUUGUUUCAUUUAAGAAUGAGUUGGUUAGUAAGAAAGUCGUGUUUUUUCAUUUUCCAAUCAUUUUUCAUUAGAAAAAACCAUACUAAAUAUAGGAAAGUGUAUGGCAUUAAUAGUUUCUUUAUUAUUGAUUUUGUGUUUUUGUUAUAUUUCAGUCGUUUUUGAUCUAAUGUUAGAUAAUAUAUUAUGUAGACUAAAUAAUGAAAUAUUUAAUAUUGGGUUUAUUAUAAGUUGUACUUAGUGGUAAAAUAAAAAGUGUAGUAUAAUAUUAUAAAAGUUUUCCUUUUUUAAAUUAGUUCUUAUUAUGAUGAAAAUUAUAAAAAUUACUUUUUUUCAAAACAUAUAUAACUGAACUUUGCACAGAUUCUUUUUAUUAGCGGUAUGAGAGGUACAGAACCUGUAUGUAUGAAUACAUAGAAUUAGCAAUCUAAUUUUUUUUUUUUUUGAGUACUGUUGUACAAUAAAUAAGUCUUUAUUCUUCUUUACCAACUUCCAUCCACAAUAGGUGCACACUCGUUAGCAGUAUUAGCUAUUUUAGAUCCUGAGUUUUUGUUUUUCUUUGGACAAUUUUUCUACCAGAGAACAUGCUCUGAUUUUUACAUGUAGCACUUGUUCUGAAAAGAAAUUUGUGUAUGGAGAUACUUUAGAGAGGUAUUUUUUGAUUUUCUCAAUAGUUUUCCUAACAAAUAUGAUAAACCAGAAAAUGUAAGAAAUUUAGGUAUUAGGUAAAAUUAUUAUGACCUUUUUUCCUGUGGACAACUUUUCUGCAAGUAAUUUUGCUUUAAUUUAUAAUACUAGCAAUGUUUCAAAAAGAAAUUCCAAUGGGAAGCACUUUUUUUGAGGGGUCAUUUUUUGAUUUUCUUAGGAUUUUUCCCAGCAAAUGUGAAAGAACAUGGGAAAAUUGGUACAUUAAACAAAUAUUAUUAAAAAUAAUAUAUAAUGCUUAUUUAAUUAUUUUAUCAUAAUAUGACAUAUAUAUUGUUGAUAAAACAUCACUAUCAACUGAAUUCCACCCAGAAUUGUUUUUUCAUUAGCAAUGGUUUAUCAUUGCUUACAGGUAUACAUUAAAUUACCUAUAACAGUGGCUGCACCCGUCCCCGGUAUUCUAGUAUGUCUUUUCUUUUUUUUUUUCUAGAUUCUGAGUGAUGUGAGACUAUUUCUACCAGAGACUAUUAUUUCAAUCAUCAGAAGCAUAAUAUCUUUUCUAAAAAUAAAUAUUGUCUAAUUGCAUUGAGGAGGUCAUUGAUUUUUAUUGUAAUUUUCUUAAUAAUUGAGAAAAACACAGAUUUUUUUUUUUUUUUGUUUACUGUAGUUCGGUUAGAAAACAGAGAUCCUAAUAGUUGCACCAUUGGAGGUAAAACUACUAAGUUAAUUAAAUUUUGCUCUAAUUGUUAUUUGUUAGUAAUAAUUUAUUGUUGCAUACAGAUCGAUCAAAUUAAUUAAUAUAUCUUACAUUUCACUUACAAAAGUCACACAACUACUACUUGGUUAACAUUGUAAUUAACUAAAGCAGCUGAUGUUCGUUGCAUCAUAGAUAAAUACAUAAUUUUUUUAAUAUAGAUUAUCAAUUUUGCCAUAAGUUUUUUAAAUAUUGCACACAAUAAUAUAAAUCAUUGUAUUUAAAUAACAUUUGAGUAUAGCGAUCAGUUGUAUUAAUUCAUGAAUUGUGUUUUAUAUUUUUUUUUUCUGGGGUUAUGGAAGCUAGCAUACCUGAAAAAUAUCCAAUAGCAAAUAGUUAUUUAUUGAUUGAUAUACUCUGCAUUUUAUUUUUACUAUCCAAGAAUAUUAUAGGUAAAAGUAAUAACUAGUGCUCGGAUUUAUAAGCUCUUAAAACCUUAGAAAUAAUUGAAUAGUGGAUAAAUAAUAUUAAUAAUAUGUACCUUUAUAUUUCAGACUUUUAUCCAUGUUCUAUUAUUAAAUAUUAAAUUUAUAAAAAUGAAUACAUAUUUUUUUUAUAAUAACUGUAAUUUUUAUGUAAUAGUGCAAAUUCUAUUGGUCAUGCGAAUGGAAGUGAUAAUCGCCUAUUGACAUUAACUAUGAACAAAUGGGACUUGGAUGGACAUAAGGAUAAACAAAAUAAACUAUUUAGUGCAGACUUCAACGUCCGUUUAUUAUUUGAACGUGCAGAUGUUUCUGAACCUGUCGUUGGUGAAACAUUAUCAGAAAGUGAAUCAAGUAGCUGUACAACAGCUGAAGAAGAUGACACUGGAUGCGAAGGAGAUGGAUGGGAAUCUGGUCAGUGAUUUACACAAACACAUAAUAAUAAAGUCAGGAUUAAUGUAAAAAUAAUUAAUCUGAUGAAAUAUUUCUCAUGUAGGCUAUCGCUUUAACUCCCUGUCUAAUUAGGCACGUGGAAAAAAAACAGUAUAUACACAUGAACAAAUCGUUGCUUGUGUGUAUCAUUUUGUAAAAACAACUUGUUUUCUCUUGUAUAUACUCAAAUUUUUAAAAUUAUCAUUUUCUUUAUAUAAAAUGCAAGUUUAAUGAAAUUAAUAUUCUUGUUUGAACAUUUUAGUAAAAUGCUAUCAUCCCUAAUUCUUCUUGUGUAGUAUUUUUUUAGAAUAAUGAUUGGUGAAGGCCGCUUUAUUGUCUCCCUUAGGCUUUCGUAAACCUGUCGCUUGAGCACAAUACACCUGAUGGCGUAGAUGCAAAUGUGAUUGUGUUUCCGGUGGUUCUAGGCGAGUCAACGUAUCUGUAAGAUAUCGGGAAUGCCACAAACAGAGGACGAACAACACAAACGUAUUUUUGUAUGUAUGUAUAUUGUAUUUGUAUACAUAUGUAUAUAUAUAUAUAUAUAUAUAUAUAUAUAUAUAUGUGUGUGUGUAUGUGUGUAUAUAUAUAUAUAUGUGUGUGUGUGUAUGUAUACGUAUAUAAUUUAAUAGCAAGUAAAUGUUUUUUUUUUCUAUGUUAAAAAACAUAGAUUAUAACAAUUAUUCUUACAAUUAUUAUAGUCUGGAUUUUAUAAGUCCUCCAUAUUUAGGCAUAUAUUCGCCUAUUUUAUUAUUUUUAUAGUACAAAGAAAAUAAAGUUUUAAUUCUGAUAACUUUAUUAAAAAUGUAUUUUUUAUUUUCGUGUUCAUCUGUUAAUUUUUAUUUAUAUGUCUUUUUUUUUUAAGUCUUCCAAUGUUGCCAUUGAAUAAAAUAAAAUGGACUUAGGAACAAUGUUUUUUUUUAUUAUUAUUAUUAUUAUUAUUAUUAUUAUUAUUAUUAAUUUUUUUAUGUUAUAAUAUUUAUUUAUAUAUUAUUAAUUAGAAUAUAAACUAUUCUGUAAAAGUAAUAGCCUACUAUUUCAUGUUUAAUAGGAUUGUUGCCAUGGUUUUUACUUUUAUUUACCAGUAUUAUUAUUUUUCAAAAUCAUUUAACUCUAUAAAUUGAAUAAUAGUACAACACAAGAACAAUUUGAUAUUGUAUGUUUUGUUGUUAUAUUUUAAUGCAUAAAACGUGAACAUAUAAUUUCUAUACAAUCAUUAAACUAUGAUUUGUUUUAUUAUCGUAAUUCUUUGUUCAUUAUAUUUUUUGCAUAUAUAUAAAUAUAUAUAUAUAUAUAAUUGAUAAGGUAAAAAAGUCACAUUUAUGGUUAUAAUACAUAAGACUUUUGAUCUAUUUAUUGGAUGUAUUGGUAACACUUUUCAAACUAAAAACAUGUCUAUGUAAGUAAUAUUAACAUAGAAUUGUAAUUUUUUUGAAAGUAUAUAUUGUAAUAUGUUCAUGUUAGUUGCCAGUUGGUGAUAAAUGAUAUAAAAUAACUGACUUGUAUUCUUUUUGCUACCAAUUUAAAUCUAAUGUUAUUAUUAAAAUAAUGAUUUUAUUAUAAUAAUUAAUGUUGAAUUCUUAUUAACUAUUGCUCAAAUAAAACAGAAAGUAUAGUUCAAAAUAAAUACAUUUGUUUUUAAAGUUUGAAGACCUAACUAAUCAAAAGUAUAUUAUGUCAAUUUGAUGUAUUAAUAGCACGCUAUAAUUUCAUUUACUGUCUCAGUCUAACUAAUGGGCAAUAAAAACAAUUACAUUCUUUAGAAUUUAAACUAUAGUGUUAACUGUUUAGGUUGAAAUUUAAGUUUUAACAAUUUAAAGAGGAGAAUAUUUUCAAUGGCACUACAUAUUUAUUUUUGUUAAACUAUCUAACUAAGUUACAGCUGUUUUAUAAAAGCAAAAACUAAUAUGACCAUAACUAUUCUAUUUUGCAAUUUAAGGUAAAUAAUGAAGAUCUGAUAAAUGUAUUAACUUUUAUUCUGUUUAAUAUUUUAAGUUAAAUUAAGAUUUUUCUUUUAAGUAAUCAUUACUACAUUCUUGUGUUGAAACUUGUAUAUUUGUUCAAAACUAAAAAUUAAAUAAAUGUUUUAUAUUAAAAUAAAGUUUUGGUGUUACAAAUAUUAUUUGAUGAUGAGGCAUUCAUUUUCUACAGAUUUUUAAAGUUCACAAAAAGUUUUAAUUUUUUUAUUACCAUUUCUAUAUAAUAUUAAAAAUAUAAUUUAUACAAACUAUUUUAAUAAUGAAUAUUAUCAUAUAAUUAUUUACUGCAACAAAUUUUAGAAAAUGAUUUAUCAUUAUUAAACAUAAUAUGCAACACUAAAAUUUUGUUUAAAAACAAUUUUAUACAAUGGCUCUUUAAUUUUGCAAACAAUUUAAUUUUAUUACAUUUUUUUUGUUGCAGUUAAACACUUAAAAAUAUUAAACAGAACAGAAUGUAUUGUAUUUGUCAAAUAUCCAUAGUACAACUUUUAUUUUAAGAACAAAGUAAUUUUAUGUUCUUAAAAAUAUGCUCAUUGCUGCAAUAAUUUAAAUUCUUAAUUAUGUAAUUUUGUUGUUCAUUAGUACUGGGACCAAAAAUGCGGAUACAAUUUUUUUUUUUGAAUACUAUUUUUUAUUUUUGUUAAAAAAUAGCAUCAUAUAUGAUUGAACCAUAAUAAUUGAUUACAUUUAUUAACAUUUCUUUAUAAUUACUGCUUUAUUUUGAAGUAUAUUUUCUGUUUAUAGUUUAAUAGCAUCAAAUUGUCGUCUUGAAUGAAUUUAAUGCAUAAAUGUGGGUAUAAAAGACCAUUGGUCGUUUUUUAAUUAAACUAUCAAAUUGACUGGUGUAUAAACAAAUACCAAAGUAUAAUGCAAGUACGCAAUCAUCUUAAUUUACAAUAUAGGGACACUAAUUAGUUAUAAUAAUCUGUAGAAGUUGAUCCUAAAUUAAUCUUCAUCUAUUCUAACUUAUAAUACGAAUAACCUGGAAUUAUUUGUCACUUACCAGUUAAUAAUUGUACAUUUGUACCCAUUAAUUUAUUGUAAAUCCAAACAUAAUGAAUUUAUACAAAUUGUAUUAUAUUUAAAUUCUAAUGUAAAGAGUAUAAUAAUAAUAUUAUUAUUUUAAAAGUUUAAAAAUUAGAAUUUAAGAUCACAUACAUAUUGUACUAAGUACUACUUAUUAUACACCACACAAUAUUUUAAACAAUUUGUAGUUUUUAUUAAUAUAAUUAUAUAUAUAUAUAUAUUUAUAUAAAAAAAAACUGUUUAAAAAUUUAAAUAUAAUUAUUUAUGAAACUAACAAAUAGCAAUAUUACAAUGUUUUUUGAUUGUGUUGUUCAUGUUUUUAAGAAAAUUUAAAAAAAGUCCAGGUAUCAUUGUAUUAAAUAUUAAUAUGUAAAUGCUUUUUAUGAAAUUGUAGUUAGUACCCUCUUUUUAACAAAACAUUUACUAUCAGAGAAAUUAAUAAAACAAAUAAUGCACCAUUGUAAAACUAAUAAAUUUUAUUCUGCUCAGAUUAAAAUUUGUAUAUUUUUAAAAAUAUCUGCAUUAUGUUUUCUCGUUCACAUUGCAAUUUUUAAAUUUUAUUUUAAUAUCUAUUAUAUUGAGUUUUUUUUGUACUUUUCAAUAAUUGAUUAUAUAUUUAUGGAUGAAUUGCUACAUGCGUUUGUCGGUGGAACAGUGCAAAUAAAACUAGUGGUUUUUAGUUGUUCUAAACAAGUAGAAGUUUCCAAUUUUAUUAUAUUUUGAGAUAAUAAUUUAAAUUCUUUUAACUGACAAUUUUUCCUGUAUUGUUUAUUUUUCAGUGUAUUUAUUUCCAUAUUAUUAAAUUCAUUUUCACGUUGCAAUUGCUUAAUAUUGUUUUUUAAGCAAAAUAUAUCAGUUUCCUUUCUAUCGUUCUCUUGUUUUAAUUUUUGAACUUCGUUUUUCAUUUCACUGUAUUUUUGUAAACUGGCUUCUUUUAAAUCUUUCAAAGUAGUGACUAAUGUUUUAACUUUGUAUUUAUCGUCAUUUAUCAUACAAUUAACUUGAUUAUAUUGUAACUCUAAAUCUUUCAAUUUAAUGCAUUUCAUUUUUAACUCAUUUGACAAUGAUUCAAUCUCAAAUUUCCAUUUUUCUUCAGCAUGUGUUGCACAUGAUCUUGUAUCAUCGAGUUUUAAUUGUGUACAUUUAAUGUCCU